AUGGAAUCUCCAAAUAACAAAAAAGUCUGCUAUUAUUACGAUGGUGAUAUCGGGAACUACUAUUAUGGUCAAGGCCAUCCAAUGAAGCCACAUCGUAUAAGGAUGACUCAUAAUCUCUUAUUAAACUAUGGUCUAUAUAGAAAAAUGGAGGUUUACCGACCUUCUAAGGCCUAUGCCGAAGAUAUGACAAAAUUUCAUUCAGAUGAAUAUAUUAAGUUUCUCAAAAGCAUCCGGCCUGACAAUAUGCACGAAUACAAUAAACAGAUGCAGCGCUUUAAUGUUGGUGAAGAUUGCCCUGUUUUUGAUGGUCUUUUCGAGUUCUGUCAACUAUCUGCCGGUGGUUCCGUUGCUGGUGCUGUCAAAUUAAAUAAACAACAAACGGAUAUUGCCAUAAAUUGGGGUGGGGGGUUACAUCAUGCCAAAAAAUCUGAGGCAUCUGGGUUUUGUUACGUUAAUGACAUCGUCAUGGGCAUCCUAGAACUACUCAAAUAUCACCAGCGUGUCUUAUAUGUUGACAUUGAUAUUCACCACGGCGAUGGCGUAGAGGAAGCUUUUUAUACAACGGAUCGUGUUAUGACAGUGAGUUUUCACAAAUAUGGCGAAUACUUUCCUGGAACCGGGGACCUCAAAGAUAUUGGCGCUGGAAAAGGAAAAUAUUAUGCCGUUAACUGUCCAUUGAGGGACGGAAUGGACGAUGAAUGCUACGAGAGAAUUUUCAAACCCGUUGUCUCUAAAGUUAUGGAAGUCUUCAGACCUGGUGCCAUCGUGCUACAAUGUGGAGCUGAUUCUCUCAGUGGAGACCGACUUGGUUGCUUUAAUUUGAGUCUUAAAGGGCAUGGAAAAUGCGUCGAGUUUAUUCGUUCAUAUCCUUUACCUUUACUCUUGCUUGGAGGUGGUGGUUACACAAUUAGAAAUGUGGCGCGUUGCUGGACCUAUGAAACCUCGUUGGCCCUUGCAACUGAAAUUCCUAAUGAUCUCCCCUAUAAUGACUAUUAUGAAUACUUCGGACCCGACUUUAAAUUGCAUAUCAAUCCUAGCAAUAUGUCUAAUCAGAAUACUCCUGAGUACCUAGAACGGAUUAAAGCCAAACUUUUUGAAAAUCUUCGCAUGAUUCCACAUGCACCUAGCAUACAAAUGCAUGAUAUACCUGAAGAUGGCAUUCAAGUUGAUGAUCACGACGCGACAGCCAGGGACGCAGCCGAUCCUGAUAAGCGAGUAUCUAUCAUGGCUGCUGAUAAAAUGAUAUCAAAAGAGAAUGAAUAUUAUGAUGAGGAUGAGAAGGCUCGUGACUUGCAAGACAAUCGAGUCACUGUUGUUGCUCCAGCCAAACGUGCCCGCAUAGAAGAUGGCGCUAAAAUAAUAGGCAAGGAAUCCGUUGAUGCAGAUGCUCCGAAGGUCGCGGCAAUAUGCUAA